CUCACUCGUCGUCUUGGCUUCGUGAGUGCGGGAAGAGUUACAUGAGUCUUUCUAGAAGUCUCCCUUGUGUAAAGCUACGUAGCACAAUGGCUAAGCAAUCGACCCUGGGGAACUUACUUGAAUUAGGAUGAUUUCCAGGGAAAAGGAAGAGCGUCAAACUUCGGUGCAUGAACUAUGGCACUUUCCCGAAAUUGACCGUCACAUGAUCCACUUGGUCUCAAGCCUAUGAAUGAUCUCUAAGGUCACUGGCCGAUGAACCUGCUGAUUCUACUGCUGCGCAGUUGGAUACUGGAGCUCUUCUUUCUGCUAGGAGCCAUCAGGCUCUCUCUGGAAGUGAAAUUUCUCGAGGCAACCAUGCGAAGGUUGAUGCUGCUGAUCCUCCUGCAAUUUCAAUUGAGUUUCCAACCAGACCAUCUAUACAAACCAAACAUGCGAAGAGUCUUGGAAUGAAUCAAGUUGGACAUAAGUCUGGUAGAUCUGGAACUGGUGGUUCCUCAGGGCCCAACAGCAAUCUUGUUAUAAGGUUCUUUGAUGAUGAGAGCAGCAGUGAUUCCGAUGAGGGCAGACAGGAUAGGAGGUCUGAAGAUAAAGCUAAAACAGUUAGUAUGAACGGAAAUCAGAAGCCACCUAUUUUGGCACGGAAAACAUCGAAGAAGUUGGGAUAUCCUACGCAAGACAUAAAACCAAUGAUGUCCAAAAGAUUGCCUGCGAGUCGUACAUUUAUACAUCCAAAGACAAAGGUCCAGGGAGCAAACAACAGGAUUGGUUCUGCACCUUCAAUUGGGCAAGGAAGUGCAGGAAGAAGUUUGAGUAUGCUCAACCAAAAAUUGGAAUGCCAGGAGCAUGGAUCUGAUCAUGUUGUAGGCUCAAGAAAACUUGAACUUCAGGAUUUGCGGCAGCAGAUUGCUCAACGUGAAACUGAGCUGAAGCUUAAGUUAGCUCAACAAAACAAGCAUCCAGUUUUAGGUUCUUCUAAAAACAGUUAUAGUCUUAACCUAAACAGGAAUUUGGGUGGUAUAAGCAUCACGACCUCUGCAGACCUCCCACGUUCUGUAGACUUCCCACAAUUAGACACAAAAGAGCCCUCUCAUAAAAGGUUGAAGAUUGGUCUAUCUUCUUAUUCACAGCAAUGUGUCGAUCAAGCGACAGGCGCUGCUAAAUUGUGCCCACCUCCAAAGGAUCUGUUGUUGGAAACCAGCAAGAUGGACAAGAUUGACCAUGCUCCAAAAGCACAUUCCACAAGUGUGACUGAACCAAAUGUCACUAGAUAUGAAAUACAAGAUAGUGAAAGGGUGGCAAUGGCCUCAGCUAACCUACAUGGUAUUACUGUUGCCGACCAUCCUGAGAGGACAAGCAGAAUGACUGGAAUGGAGACAAACCAUCUAAUGAUAAGUAAUGGAAGAAAUAUAAUGGGUUCUGACCCAAAUGAAAUUAGAAGGGAACCUGAAUUAUUGAGAAGCAGCAAAGAUGAGGAAGUUUUGACUGGGGAUCAUGCAGUUGAAGCAUCCUUAAAAAACUCAGUAGAGGGAACUGUGAAGAAGAUGAGCGUGUUGAGUAAUUUGGAUGAUGCAAAUGGGCCAAAACCUGGCAUCAAGGAAAUGCAGUCCCUCAUUGAGAUAGAGGAGUCUUUAGACAAGAAACUUGAGGAAGCUCAAGAACAGAGGCGGAGAUGCGAGAUUGAAGAAAGAAAUGCUCUUAAAGCUUAUCGUAAAGCUCAAAGGACUUUGAUUGAGGCUAAUGCCAAGUGUGCUCACCUGUAUCAUCAAAGAGAAUUGUAUUCAUCACGAUUGCAAUCUUUUAUUAUAGAUGAUCCAAGCGUAUUUUGGUCCUCCUUCCAUAACAAGCAUUUGGGAGUUCAGGUGAAAUCCUCAGAUGAUCUGAUUCUGAAUGUGAAUUCAGUGCCCUCAUCUGACCAUAUUAUGCCGGAAGAAUGUGAUCAAUCUAAUCAACCAGGAUACGCAUCCAAUAUUGGAUGCCUGGAUGGUGUUCCCGGUGAUUCCUCUCAUCUUCUUGUGAAUGGCUCAGAGCAAUGCAGUGAGCCAGAUGCUAGCACAUCAGAGCCAAUGUCUCACAAGGGCAGGAGAGUUGCUAAUGAGGAAUCUUCUCCCUUAAUUGGUCAAAAUAGGUUAACCGACGAAGAAGAUGUGGGUCUUCCAUUUGGCCAUGAUUUUGUUCAAUCCAAACAAGGAUCCCAGAGAGAGGCUCAAAAAGCUGGGGAAAGGCAUGAGAGCAUGACUAAUGAUGUUAGUACAAAGAUCUCUGAUGAUAGCUCUCGUGAUUUUCUACUCCGUGAAGCAACUUUAAGAUCAGAACUAGUUGCACGGUUGGGGACCAAAAGUUCACAGCAUCGAAAAGAUUUGUGUGGCGUGGAGAGUGCCAUUGAACAAGGAUCUGAAAGCGAUGCUGGAAGUGAGAAAACCCAUGCAAGUAACUGGAGUGCACUGUUCUAUGAUGCAGAGAGAGUUAGGCAUGCAGAUCUUCAGGGCGCUAACAAGCUAGAGGGACACCCGCAUGAGGUUGUCCAAGAAGGUGAAAGCAGAUUGUCUCUGGACAAUUCAGCUUCUAUCAUAAGGAGUGCAUUUUAUCAUGUCAAAGACGUAUCUUCAUUCAAAUUAAGUAGAUCUCAGCAGAAAAGGCACAUGUAUGAUGUGCGUAAUGAUGAGGGAGUUUCAAAUUAUUCAUUAACUAGCUCAUCUGAUGAGACUGGUGGGGAUCUACUUUCAAAAGACACUGCCUGCUAUUCCUGCAAUGUUGCCGUGGAUCCACUUUGGCCACUUUGCAUGUAUGAGCUUCGAGGAAAGUGCAACAAUGACGAAUGUCCAUGGCAACAUAUUAAGGACUGUUCAGAUGAAAAAAUGCAUCAGAACCUGUGUAGAGAUACUAACGAUCGCCACAUUGAAUCAACAUCAAGUGCAAAAAGAUGGGCUGUUCCGACAAGUUGUUCAAAGUGUUGUUCUCCAACUUAUGUAGUUGGAUUAGAUAUUCUGAAGGCUGAUUCACGUUCAUAUGAAGCAGUUGUUACCCAGAAUAUUGGUCAAUGCUGGCGAAAAUGUUUUAGUAUCUCCUUAGCUAUACCGAGUCUCCCUAAACAAUUACAACAAAUGGAUGAUUCAGUUCUGCAAAAUAGUGAUGGGCGUAUUGAAAUCAGUGGAUGUCAGAGCAGACAAUCCUCAUUCUUCCGGAAUAGAAAUGACGGCUUGAAACUAUUAAACCAAGCCUCAAUUGAUGGUCAACCCCUGGAAUUGGCUCUUCUUCUUUUGAAUCUGGAUGGUAAUAAACUAGAGAGAAAGAAAAAGGUUGGCAUUUCCCAGGCUCUCACUCUGUUGUCACGUGAACUUGAGGCUGAUCCAGCUUCUGUGGUUCUUUGGAGCGUGUACCUUGUCAUUUAUUAUAGCGAGAUGAAGACAGUCGGAAAGGAUGACAUGUAUUACAUUGCGGUCAAGCAUAACCAAGGAUCUUACGAACUCUGGCUGAUGUACAUCAAUAGUCGUAGCAAGCUUGAGGAUCGACUUCGUGCAUAUGAGGAUGCUUUACUGGCACUUUGUCACCAUUCAUCUGCUUCUAAUGGUCAUGCCAGUAUGUGCACCUUGGAUUUAUUCCUGCAGAUGGUGAACUGCUUGUGCUUGUGUGGAAGGGUGGACAAGGCCAUAGAGAUGAUCUGCGAAACCCUGCCGAGUGCAGAAAACUCUGAUGAACGGUUUACUUUGUUGCUUUCUAAUAUCAUCUCACACUUAACAAUUGCUGACAAAUGCAUCUUCUGGAUUUGUUGUGUGUACUUAGUUAUUUACAGGAAACUUCCUGAUGCUAUAGUACAGCAGUUUGAAUGUGAGAAAGAGCUCCUCUUAAUUGAUUGGCCCUCUGUUCAUCUGAGAGAGGAUGACCGGCAGAGAGCUUUUGACCUUUUGGAUUUCUUAAUACGUUGUGACAUCACCGAGGCAUCACUUGCAGAUGACGCCAAUAUCAGAUUAACUCAGCAUUUCGCUGUGAACCAUUUUAGAUGUACAUUGGUACUCGAAGGCUCAAACUGCAAUGAGUAUUUCUUGCAGAGAUUUGAGAAAAUGUAUCCAUCCAGCUUAGAACUAGUACUCCUUUCUGCACGGGCAGGGGAGUGUGAUUUUGAGGAUUUGAGUUUAUCAGGUUUUGAGAAUGCACUUAGUAAGUGGCCAAGAGAAGCUCCGGGCUUGCAUUGCAUCUGGAAUCAAUUUGCUGAAUAUGCUUUGCAGAAUGGAAGACAGGACCAUGCUAAAGACAUCAUGGAUCGUUGGUUUCUCUCUGCUUGGCAAGUCAGAUAUCCCCAUGAUGAAGGUGUGGCCGGGAUGGAUCAAGAUAAUUCAUGUUCCUUUCCGAGGAUUGCUUCUCAAGCAGAUAGGCAGGCUGCAGCAUCUAGUUAUGGUCAGCUGGAUGAGAUUUUUGGAUUACUUAAUCUUUCUUUGCACAAGUUGUUGCAGAAGCAACUUGCAGAGGCUCGUAUAGCAAUUGACAAGGCUCUACAUGUUGCAACUCCUGAGAACUACAAGCUUUGUGUAAGAGAGCAUGCCAAGUUUCUGCUAAUGGAUGAGGCAUUUGCAAAGGAGGGUGCUCAAAUUAGUGGGAUACUUGACUAUAUGAGGGUUUACAUAAAUGAUCCUCGAGCUUUUCCCAUCAGUGAGACAUUGCCUAGAAAGUUCAUAGGAGAUAUCAAAAGAACCAGGGUUCAGCAGCUGAUUAAGAAUAUCUUGUGUCCUGUUUCCUCUAAUUUUUCACUUGUGAACGUAGUCCUUGAGGCAUGGUGUGGCCCCUCUCUUUUGCCUCAAGUGUUUGAUAAGCCCAAUCAUCUAGUGGACUUUGUCGAAGCCAUGCUGGAAAUUUCACCGUCAAAUUAUCCGCUGGGUAUUUCGGUCUGUAAGCUAAUUAAAAGGGACUAUAAGUCCUCAGCUGUCACCUCUGCCAGUCUCUUGUUCUGGGCAAGUUCUGUCUUGGUAAGCACAAUUUCUCAUGCCGUUCCAGUAGCACCAGAGUAUGCAUGGGCAGAAGCAGCUGGUAUUUUGGAAGAUAUUGCAGGUGUCAAUGCCAUCUUAGAUGGGUUCUAUAAGAGAGCCUUAUCCGUAUAUCCAUUCUCUGUUAAACUGUGGAACUCCUUCCUUAUUUCAAUGAAGAGUGAAAAGGAUGCAAGCUCUGUCCUUAGAGCAGCUGAAGAAAAGGGCAUUGAAGCUGAUUCGGAGUUUCUCUCAACCAUUAUAAGGUAACAGGUUGGUGAAUUAGGAUGUUGCUGAAUUUUAGCAACUUUGGUUCCUGUCGAAGGCCAUGCUCCAAUUCGCGUCAACUGCUGGAUUGGCGACCCUUGGAACAAGCUUCAAGACAUAUCACACCGCUGCAUGGUGAAUGCUAACAUAGGGACAUAGGAAGCGCACUGAAUAUAGAGGACAUGCACAGGACUAGAUAAAUGUAAGUAGCCAUUACGAUAUCUCACAGUUACUGCAUAUCUGAAGUUUUAGUCGAUUUAGUUAGCUUAGGAUAGAAAGUUUGUGACUUUGGGUUUAGGUUUUAUUUUGUGGCCCCGUGCAUAGGCUUACUCACGCAAGAAAAAUGAAAAGGUAUCUCAUUGGUUCUUAUAGAUGGUUUCUAGACCUUUUGGCUCCCUCACUAGUACAAUAAUCAAUGCGAUGAUUUCUUCGAUUGAGAUUUGCAUCUUUGCACUUGUGAAAUUACUGGAAAUGCAAAUUGAGUGUCUUUCCACA